AUAUUUUGGCUCUCCCUUCUAUUUAUUCCGAGCAGUUGAGGCGUUUCAUCAAGAAAAAGCAGAAGAGGAGAAAAGAAAAGAAAAGAAAGAAAAAUCAGUAAGCAGCUGAGUGGCUAAAGCUUGCAGCAAGAUGGUUCUGAUAGACAAGCUGUGGGAUGAUGUUAUAGCCGGACCUCAACCUGAACGUGGCCUGGGAAAGCUAAGGAAGCUCCCCACCCAGCCCUUGAACGUCAAAACCGGUGAAGCUAGCAGCAGCAAGUAUCAGAGGUCCAUGUCUAUGCCACCCAGCCCUGCAACCCCGGCAACUCCGGGAACACCAACCACUCCGUCGCCGACGGCAGCCCGCAAAGAGAAUGUGUGGAGGAGUGUUUUUCACCCGGGGAGUAACAUUGCUACCAAGGGGCUUGGAUCAGAUCUGUUUGACAAGCCUCAGCCUAACUCUCCCACUGUCUAUGACUGGCUCUACAGUGGGGAGACUAGGAGCAAACAUCGCUGAAGCGAGCGAUAGCCGAUGGCUCCUACUACUACUGCCUAUGUAAAUAGCGCGUUGGAGUUAUUCUCAACCUAGUAGCUCUCAUAUGAUGUUGCAGCUCUGCAAGAAGGCAUCUCAAUUAAUGGGUUUUUUUUUUUUUUUUUGUAAUUAUGGAUCCAUGGUGUCUUUUUAACUAGGGAGUUUUCCAAAGCUGACUGCAAUGCGUUUGUUUUUCAUCUCAUCUCAAGUGCUUUUUAAUGUUUGAUGAAGAAUCGGUAGUGUGUGUUGUGUGUGCGCCGUGGAAGGUGGACACAAGCAACCUCCUGUUACUGCUUGCUUGCUCUUAUCUAUGCUACUGCUAUUAUUAAAUAAGAGAAGUUGGAUUUGAAUUUUGUUACA